AUGGCUCGUAAAACGAUCGCUACCUCCAGAGCCACGAUUGGUUCCAGCACAGAACGUUACGGGAACCUACCUGGAGAUCCAGUGGGAAGCUCUGCGCCCAAAAGAAGAAGAUACAGACCUGGCACGCUAGCGUUAAGGGAGAUUCGUCAAUACCAGAAAAACACAGAUUUGCUUAUACGAAAGCUUCCGUUUGCCAGACUUGUUAAAGAAAUUGCAGACCAUUACAUUGGCUCGAACUACGGUAUAAGGUGGCAGUCCAAUGCUGUGUUGGCCCUACAAGAGGCAUGCGAGGCCUUCCUAGUGCACUUAUUGGAGGAUACCAACUUGUGUGCUAUUCAUGCUAAGCGUGUGACAAUUAUGCAAAAGGAUAUACAACUAGCUCGAAGGAUACGAGGCCAGCUAUAA